UAAUUUACGAAGAUACAAUAUGACAAUAUAUUGCGUAAUUCAUGCAAAUUAAUCCAUUUGCAACAAACAACGACUUUUUAGUUAUAAUUUUGUUUAUCAUCGCGUAGUUUGCUUUAUCUGUGUGCAAUUAUGUUCGUCAUGGUUCAGUUACGUAGCUAAAAGAAAAAAACUUGUUUUACAUUCUCAAAUGUUCUUUUAGUGCAUGUGCGAGUGUGUCAUAGUACACACGUAUUUUGUGUGAAUAUAUUUAUAACGCUAUAUUUGGUUGGCGCCUCAAGUGCUUAUGUAGUUAAGUUUUUCUAUGCAUCUGCUUCUAAAUUUAAAUAGUGCGAAAGCUGAUUAAGCGCGGAUUAAAAUAUGGAAAUUGAGAAUGACGUAACUGUGAAACUUUUGUUUUUCGCACGAUCCAAAGAGUUGGCGGGAACCAAGGAGUCCACAAUACGUCUCCCAUCCAAGAUCAGCUACAGUAAACUUUUGAACAUAAUCUGUGAUAACUACAACUUGCAAACUAUCAAAGACAAUAUAUUGUUGGCUAAAAACGAAGAAGUUUGUGACGAAGACAUUGAUAUUGAUAUUAAAGAGAAAGAUAGUAUUGCAGUAAUACCUCCGAUUAGCGGCGGUUAACACUUAUGUGCCUAGAAAAUAGAAUAUAGAAACUGCAGUAUUUUUUCCUACAAAACGCAAUAGAUAUUAGACUGAUAUAAGCACCUAUAGAAAUUAAGAAAAAUAUUGCAAAGAUGGAUCACUUAAAGUUGACAUUUGAUAAACUGUCAGUAGAUGAGAUUGCAGAGUUGGUCACUGAUGACAAAUGCGGAGCUGUGUCUCUUUUCAUUGGAACUACAAGAGAUAACUUUGAAGGCAAAAAGGUAGUAAGGCUGGAGUAUGAAGCAUACGAGCCGAUGGCCUUGAAAGCUCUGAAGUCCAUCUGUGAGGAGGUUCGAGACAAGUGGCCUGCAGUACACAGCAUAGCUAUAUACCACAGGCUCGGCAUCGUCCCCUGCAGAGAGUCAUCAGUAGUCAUCGCGGUCAGCAGCCCGCACCGCAGAGACUCUCUGGACGCCGUCUCCCACUGCAUAGAGACUCUGAAAGCCAGCGUGCCGAUAUGGAAGAAGGAGGUUUAUGAAGGCGACGCGCCCGUAUGGAAGGAGAACAUUGAAUGCACAGUACCAGAUUCAAAACCGAUCCCAACUCCCGCGCCGCUCCCAGCCCCACCCGUAGACAAGACGCUGGUGCAAAUCAACGUCUCCUGCGAGGAGUUGCAGCAAAGGAUACAGAACUUCAUGGAACGCAAGAGGGAACAAGUGAAUAUCAGUAAUAUACAUGAUUUUAUACCGAACAACGAAGUGGAGUCACAAGAGACUGAUACCUGUGCGAGAGUGAGAGCGCAGUUUGUAAGGAGAAGCGAUUCUAAAGGACAUUUGAAAGUCCGCAAAGUCCACAACGAAUGGGGUCCCCAAACAGUGGCUGCAGCGGACAUGUUCCCCGAACAGCCUGACAGCACGGGGCUUCCCUCCUCCAUAGCGGAGCGAGUGAUGGCCAUAGAGAAGUUCCUGAACAUAGGACCUGUUUCUAAGGACGUUUAUAAACGGCUGAAGGUCAUGGAAGAUAAGAUUGCGUAUUUGCAGGCCGUGUCGCCUGAAUAUGCGCAGUUUUGGAAAACUUCAAGAGACGCGGACGUGAAGCAAGAGGCGAUGGUAGACUACACGUUCUCUGCGGAAGAUAUCGCUAAGAAAAUUGAACAGUUAGAAAAGGGAAUAAUGUGAUAUUUUAAUACUUUAAUUAAUUUCAAUUAACAGCCAGUUUCUUCAUCAAAAGUAAAAGCCAAAGUAAAAGUUAAAGUAAUGUCCAAAGCAAAAGUUACGGUCAAAUUAGUUUUUUCUAUUAGUUUUGCUGUCACUUUAGCCUUGAAAAAACGAAUUUGACCGUUACUUUUACUUUAGACAUUACUUUGACUUUAACUUUUGAUGAAGAAACUGGCCGUAAAUGAAAUCAGGCUUGAAACGGUCUCUGGUGAUUGCCGUACAUACAAUAAACUGUAUCGAUUGAGAUUUUAACUUUGUUAUUUUAUUAGUGAUACUUGAAGUUGGUUAGUUUUUUACUGCAUGUAUUAAAAAGUAAAAGACACAAUGAGAAAUAAAAAUGCUUUUAAAAUGAACUUAACACUUUAUUGUAGGAAUUGAUCUACUUAUGGUAUAAUCACAUUUAUACUUAUUACUUAUUUUAAAUAAAAUAAUAAGAAAUAACAU